CCUGAAAUGAUCGGCCAUUAUCUCGCGGAAUUCUCUAUCUCAUAUAAACCCGGUCGUCCUGUGUCAAUGGUCAAUUUGACCUUUGCUGAGAAUAUUCAAAAUGAUAAUUUUAAAGAAUCACUUACGAUUAAAUCGCUUUCAGACGGAAAGUUAUUAACCCAUUUUCAAUUCAACGUUAGAAUUGGAGGAAUUGAGGAAGGCAAAGCUUUCAACCAUUAUAAGUUCUUUCCGCGUGCGAUAGGACAAAUAAUUCAGAGUUAUAAUGCGCGUGAGUUGCACUUGACAUUUACACAAGGACGAUGGAAUUAUGAAGACUGGGGUUAUCCCAUUGUUCCAUCAGCAGGAAUUGGAGUAGAACUUUGGGCAUGGCUAUGGAAGGAUGGAAAGCUAGAUGAAAAUUGGAAGUCAUUGACAAACGCUCUUGCCGGACUUUUUUGUGCUUCGUUAAAUUUUAUAGAUGAUACGAUUACCGUUCAGCCAAAAUUAUCGUUUCGACCGGAAGGGCCGUAUAACGCUACGGAGUUGUCGACAGAUGCUGAACUCAGAUACGGAUCCUUACCUCAUGAAAAUGUUUGUACUGAAAAUUUGACACCAUGGAUUAAACUUCUUCCUUGUAAAUCGAAUUCCGGAAUAGCAUCUCUUUUGAAUGGACACAAAUUAUAUGAUUCUAAUUUUCAUUCGAUGUCCAUUCACGUACGGCCAGUAUGUGAGAAUUCGGAAUGUUUGAGAAAACAGUUAGAAAUCGUUCAGACUGUGUCCACUGUCGUAGAUCCUGUAAGGAAUUCAGGAAAAAGAGAUUGGAGUUUGAACCAGAUUUUUGGAAGAAGUCUUUCACAAGCUUGUCCUUUAGCUGAAGAAAGCAAGUUAGAAAUAAAUUUACCCGAAGAUGGUGAUUAUAAAUUAAGUCCUGACGCGGAUGACGUCAUUCAGAAAACUGAAGGUGACACGAGUAAAGCUGUGUUUUAUCUCAAAAAUGUACAAUCAAAAACAGAUGUUUCGAUGACAUGGAAAGAAGAUUUGUUCGAAUACAAUCUUAAUUUCGAACAACCGCGCGUUUAUGCACAUCGUUUUUUUACGGGUUAUGGCCAAGAAAGAGGCGGAAUUAAAAUCAAUAUAUUUAACAAAAGUUCUAAUAUCACUGUCCCAAUAAUAUAUUUUGACGUUAUUCCAUGGUUCUUGAAAUUAUAUCUUCAUACGCUAAAAGUCAAAAUAAAUGGAGUGGAAGCACAAUAUAAUCCAAUAAAGGAUUUGUAUUAUCAGCCGGCUGUGGAUCGUUCACGUCCGAAUGUUAUUGAAGCAGAAUUAUCAUUGCCACCUAAUUCCAUAACAACUCUUUCGAUUAAUUUUGACAAAGUAUUUUUAAAAUAUACCGAACAUCCACCGGAUGCGAACCGUGGUUUUGACAUUGGUUCUGCAGUAAUAUCCACUAAAGUUGAAUCUGUUGAUGGCUUCAAAUAUUUGGACGAAAGAGCAACAAGAAAUUGCUCCGAUAACAUGUCAAAGACGGCAUGCCAUCAUUUCCCUAUCCGUGUAUAUACAGAAACACUUCUUGUUAGUCUCCCUACACCAGAUUUCAGCAUGCCUUACAAUGUUAUAACAUUAACAUGUACGGUCAUUGCACUUUUCUUUGGAAGUAUGUUUAAUUUAAUGACCAGAGGUUUUAUCGCGUUACGUCCUAGCGAAGUUAACGAAGGUGAAGUUAAAGGUUAA